GAAAUCCUAUGUAUGAAUCUGGUGUUAUUUUUACUGAUUCAGACCCUGCAAUAGCUGCUGCGAUUUCAAAAAUCUUUCUAUCAGUACAUCAUCAUCUCUGUGUAAUUCAUAUUAGUAAUAAUGUCAAAAAAAAGGUUCGGUCAAAGCUUGGAGCUCAAGAAUAUCAUCAAUUUAUGAAUGAUUUUUAUACUGCACAUAAUGCAUUACAAACAUUUUUUUUUGAAACUCGAUUUAAUCAAUUGAUUAAAGCUUAUCCAAAAAUAGAAUCAUAUUUAAAUACUCAACGUGUAGAAAGUUACAACAAUCUUAUUAAAGCUAGCAUUAACCAGUCAUCUUCACUUAUUACUUUGUAUAAAAUGAUUCAAGAGUGUCUUGAUAAAGAAAGCAUGUAUAGUCAUUCUCAGGAAUUUAUUAAUUUAACUAUAAUACAAGAAGA